AAAAUGCAGAGCCUCUGAAAAGUUUCAGGGAAAAUAUGUGAGAAAAUUGGGUCCUUUCAUCACAGUGAAAGUUCCAAGCCAGUGAAAAAUUUUCUGUGAAAAAUCGAAGUCGGCUGGAGAAUGGGGUGGAAGUGAACGAGGCGACCCGGAAAAGUGGGUAGUGAAAAUUGGGGGCAGACUGGCAGUGAAGAGGGUGUGGGUCAAGCAAGUCGAGUCUAUUCCAUGUGUGAGGCUCUUGACUAUUCGUUCGACUGCAGGGUGUUAAUGCCCUCGUGGAUGGGGUUGGUAGGAAGUCAGUUGGGUAAAGUGGAAAAUUCCUCAUUUCGGUUACCAUGCAGGCGCAGGGAUGAAAAUCACGAGACCGACUCGAACACACGCGACUGAAUACGAAUGGGCGCACCACAGUCAGCUGUUCCAGCGACAGGACGAACUAACCGAAACGAACGGAAUGAUAAACUGACUCACAAAACAGGACGAACGACUGAGAGGGGUCGGCUGAGAUGUUAUUUGUUGUCCAAGGACAUGUAUAGUGUGUGAAAUGGGGAAGACGGAACUGUAUGACUGUUGUGACGACGGGGAAGCUUACUGAGGGUAGGAGUCAUGGCAUUGGGGUGGCGGUGAAAUGGACUGGCGCAGAAGUCCAGUGUCGAGAAUUUCCUGCGUCGAAGUAGGAGCUCAGCUGAUCUUUAUGAUUGCGGCGAGCAGUUUCUGUAGUUGCUGUGAUUCCGUGGUCGAGUGCGAAUCUUCUCUGGAAUUAUCCAGUUGGCGUAGAUUCACUUGUGCUUUACGAUUUAUAUAACUUCAGUUAAAGUGUUGAAUACCUUGAGAACCAUUCCGAGUUAUCAGUAGCCUCAGUUCGUUUGUGGAUGCGAUUGCAAUCAUCCUCAAACAUGAGGAACAGACCUUCCUUGAUUUUUUUGCCACAGCAGCCACACAUUUUGUGCAACAACUUUUUAAAUUUAAUAGAAAAACAGUUUUUAAUAUUUAAAGAAUAUUAAAAAAAUAGUGAAUAAACUUAAAAUUUAAAGAGAGUUUGUCGCAACAAAACAGUUCACUCAAAGUUUUCUUAAAUAAACUAAUUUCUCCGAAACGACCGUUGUAAUGGGGGAUCAAGGUAACGGUCCGCCCGCAAUUGACGAGAAGGCUGCAACGAGUACCGCAGUAGAAGUGAACGGGACUGGUAACACUCCGGCUAGUAAUGGUUUAGGAAACGCUAGUGGCGAUAUCGGGAACGGUAACGGCGGUGGAAGCGGUAACGGUAGCGGUUGUGAUAGUGCUGUUGUUGUGGAAAAUGGUAGCGGUAGCGGCGGUGGUAGUGCUGGAAACGCUGUAAUGGAAAACGGGAGCGGUAGUGAUGCAAAUCGUGACGAUAGUGUUGCUGGCGAUGAACAAAAUGCCGGCAAUGCAUUAAAUGGUAACGGUGGUGGUGACGGUAACGGUGGAGCUGAAAUGAGCGGAGGACAUCAUUUGGACACAGCCUGUUCUGAUGGCGGUCCGUCCAGUUUGCUGGGCGUUGGACCGCCAAGCCCAUUAACUGGGUGCUAUUUGUUGAUUAUACUGGGUGAACCACAUUCGGAGGAGCAUAAGGACAUUAUAUUGCAGAGAUUGAUCAAAGGCUUUCUGUCCUGGGAUGUGUCAGACUGUCAUGUUGAUUUAGAGGAGGAAUUGAAUACUAUCACCCAACAUGCCCCAGAGGGUGAAGAAGCACGUCAUGAUUUCACAAGCGUUCAACGUAUCUUUACGACAGGCGAACGUCUUAUACAAUAUGCCAGUGAAAAUCUAGUAACCGAAAUCUUAAUUCAUCCACAAUAUAACACGUUGAUACAAUGCAUGAGAAAUCUACUAAGCAGUUUUACCAGACAUCGUCACAUUAUACAUGCUGGAUAUACAUUUUCCGGAAAUGGAUCCUGGAUUUUACAGGAUGCCACAUUUUCCGUAUGUGAUUUUUCCGAAGCAUUUCAAGAACAUGACGUACAACGCGUCCUACGAGCAUAUCCUGACACAAUCACAAUGAAUAUUCAUUGUACGGAUGCAGGAUUAUGGAACGCACUACCCGAUAAACCUUACGCCCGAUCCUGUAAAAUUCGCAUUAAUCCUGUCGAUGUUCUGAACACAGGAAGCGAUAAAAUCAAUGCAUUCAUUGACUAUCUGGCGCCAAUGCUAGUUCCUGCAGAUCUCCAUGAUUUACUGGAAACUUCAGAUGUAGUAGGAAAUAUUCGAUUUAGCCAUCCAACACUUUAUGUCUUCCCGGGAGGCCAAGGUGAUGCUGCGCUCUUUGGCAUCAAUGGAUUCAAUAUGUUAGUUGAUGGUGGCUUUAAUCGGAAGGCAUGUUUUUGGGAUUUUGCCCGACACCUAGACCGUCUCGAUGCCGUGCUUAUGACUAGAAUUAACAACAGCAACAUAAUGGGCUUGAGUGCAGUAGUAGAACGAAAACAGGGAGGGCAUGUGUAUCCACAGAUUGGUCACUACUUUUGUAAUGUUCCCGAACGAAAGACACUACCUAGUCCUGAUGGCGACAAAGACAAAGACCCUCUCCUAGUCGACCUGUUCGAAAGAGGGCACCAUUUAGUGUCAAAUCUGAAGGCCUUAAACUUGAAGCCACAAAACUGCUAUAGAGAUAUCGAACCAAUCAAUUUAUACCACAAAGUGGGACAUGGUACCUUAGACAUGUAUGUCAUCAGCCCGGCACGAGAUUCAAAAGAAGUUAAGGAGUUUCUUCAAAAAUGGGCAGCUGGCGAUCAUAAACUUUUCACUGCCAAAGAUAGCAAGGAGUUCAACUUUCCAAUUCAGAAUCUGGUCUCAAUAUGUGCUCUUCUCGUUUGGCAGCCAGCCAAUCCUGAAGACACUAUCACUAGGAUUCUGUUUCCAGGAAGCACACCUGACUAUAAAAUCAUUGACGGUCUCGAUAGAAUCAAACAUUUGGAAUUUAUGAAACAUCCUAUCUGUACUGCCAAAACCAUUGCGCCAGCCAUUACAACAGCUAUGACCAAAAAGGCACUUAAGGCCGCACCCGUGGAAAAAGGUUUUCCCGAGCCAGUUUUUCCGUCCAAGGCUGCAAAGCCACCAAUAUCAGCCGCUAUUGAAAAAGAUAACAAGCUACUAGAUAAUAAAUUAAAACUAUCACAACAACAACAGGAUAAUAAAAUCAAAGAGGCUGCAGUUGAAGCUUUACCACCCAAAACUGUGAUUGCCGCAAAGGCUGAGGUUAAGCCAGAACCAAUCAUUGAGAAGUCAAAAGCCAGUCCCGAUGCUGUGAUCCCUGACAAUAAGGAAGCCGAUCUUAUUGACGCCAAAACAGCUGAAAGUGAACAACCUGAAGAACAAAUUGAUAACAAGGAAGCAUUCGAACAAGACGUCGGAAAGAAAGUCGAAAUCGAAAUUAUCAAAAAAGAAGUAGACACUGAAUCCGCCAAAAAGGAGGAAAUCGAAAUCAAAGCUAAAGCUGCUAAAACCAAAGCUGAGAAACCGCGAGCUGAAGUUAAGCCUGUAGUUCGAUCAAGGAUCGACACAAAGCCUCCAAAGUCAAUGGAUAAGAAAACUAUCAAAAAAGACACAGAGAAGAAAGCAUCUCCUACUGCUACUCCCCGCAAGCAAGAAACAGGAAAACCAACUGCAAAAGAACGUGAGAUCAAACCACGGGUUGCAUCUAGAAUCACAAGAUCCAGUCCCAGUAGUACACCGGCAAAAAGUACCAAGGAUGCUAAUAAUCGAAAAGUACUUGAAUCUAAGCAACAUGCUGCGAAACCAGCUAAACGCGAGAUUACUAAAAAAGACCCCGAAAAGAAGGAACCGAAACCAGAACGUAAACCUAUUUCACGAAGGCCGCGAGCUAGCUCCCCUUCGAAACGUGCCCCAGGUAGCCCAGUUAAAGCUGCUAAACCAAAAGCCGAUGCCCGAAAACCACGCCUUGAUAAGGGAGGUACUACAGAUUCCAGUCUAGUAUCCACUCCCAGCGCAGAUGAAGUCUCUGCAGCCAAGAAAAUCCAAGAUAUCGCCGCCACUCAAGACGUGGAUGUAGCCAAACAACGUGAGCUAGAUGAUCUCAAAGAGGAGCAAGAAGUUGUGAGGGAGAUUGAAGCCGUUUUCAGCCGCGAUGAAAAGAAACGAAAAGACGUCAAACCAGAUCAUCGCGAAGUAGCUGAUAUUGCCAAGCAAGACAGCACCACAGAGGCAGAAGAGGAAGAAGAGUACCUCAUCAUUGAAAAAGAAGAGGUCGAACAAUAUACUGAGGACUCAAUAAAUGAGCAAGAAAGCAGCAUAACUAAAGAAGAGGAAAUCCAGAAGCAUCAACGAGACUCUCAAGAAUCUGAGAAGAAACGCAAACCAAGCGCCGAGGAAGAGAUUGAGGAGCAAGCGGCCAAACUAGAAGCUGCUGAAAAAAUUGAAAAAGAACAGAAACAAGCUGAACCAAAAGCCGAACCCAAACCAUCGAAAGAAGAACAGCAGCAAGAAGAAAAGAAGCCAGCUGAAGAGAUCCAACCCGACUCCAUUGAAGAGCCAGUCAAAUUAACCACACCUGAAAAGACUGAAAUCAAAGCAGAAGUACAGGAAAUUAUCGCGUCAGCCAAAGAAGUCGCCAAAGCCAAAACUGAGGAAUCAACAGCCAUCAAGACUGAAGAAUUUUCUUCCCCAACUCCUGAAGACAAAGUUAGCAGUGCAAAGAAAACUUCCGACACCAAAGACGAACUCGAUGUCCAGAAGGAUGUCAACCUUCAAGAAAGUCUUCCGGAAGAAAAAUUCUCUGCAACAAUUGAGUCCGGAGCCACUACAGCUCCUACCCUUCCAGAAGAUGAAAGAAUUCCUCUGGACGAGAUCAAGGAAGAUCUCAUAAUCGAGGAGAAAUAUGUAAAGGAGGAAACAAAAGAAACAGAGGUUCCGGCAUCACCGCCAAAACCAACAACUAUUGAACCAGUUGCAACAGCACGUGUCCUUCCAGCUAAAAUGCAAUUUGAAGCUCAUCAGGGACUUCUUCGAGACGUUGUUAAAACCCCUGACGAAGUAGCAGAUCUUCCAGUUCAUGAAGAAGCUGAUUUCGUUCCAUACGAAGAAGUCGGAGCUGAUGCUAAAAAGAAGCCAAGUGCAAUCGAAUUGAAGGAUGAAACCAAACCAGUAGAUACGCUGAAAGAAGAUACUGUCAAGGAAGACAAGGAAGAAGCAGAAGUUGAUGAGAAACAUGACGAAAAGGAAAAAGUUGAGAAAUUAGAAGAUACAAAGAAAUCACCUGAGCCUGAAACAAAGGCCGUUUCGCCGCCAGAAAAAGAAAAGGAGGAAAAGGAAACAACUCCUGAAAAGGAAGAUAUCAAAGUUGCAAGCCCAGUCGAGAAGAAAGAGACAACUCCUGAAAAAGAUGAUAUCAAAACUACAAGUCCGGUGGAGAAGAGAGAGCCAAGUCCUGAAAAAGAAGAGGUGAAAGUUGCAAGCCCGGUGGAAGAGAAAGAGCAUAGUCCUGAAAAAGAAGAGGGUAAAGUUGCAAGUCCAGUGGAAACAAUUGCACCCGGAGGAGAUGGCGAGAAAGUUGAGAAGAAAACUCCUCUAGAUGAAAAGAAAUCUCCUCUAGAAGCAACCGAAAGCAAAGAAACCAAAGCGCCAAGCCCAGAAAUUAAGGAAAAGGAACAGAAGGAUAUUUCCCCAGAAAAACCUGGAAAAGUUGAAUCACCCGUCACUGAAAAAGUUGCAUGCCCUGAAAAGCCAGCGUCUCCCGAAAAGCCUUCUAUUGAAUUAGCUAAAGUAACAGAAAAGAGUGUAACUCCAGAAAAGGUUGUGUCUCCUGUGGAGGCUAAACCCGCUGAAAAAGUAGAGCCUAAACAACCAACUAUUUCUGAAAAACCUGAAUCACAUGAAAAGAUUGGGUCUCCUGAAAAGGCUGCGUCGCCCGAAAAAGUCUCUCCUGCCUCUCCUGAAAAAGCUGCAAUUACCGAAAAACUUGCAUCCCCUGAAAAAGCACCGUCACCUAAAACAACUGAUAUUGUCGAUAAAGUCGAAUCUCCAGAAAAGGCAGCUUCUCCAGAAAAGGCGCCGUCACCUCAACAAAUUGAUACUACUGAAAAGCCGGCAUCACUUGAAAAAGUUACAUCUCCUGAAAGAAAACAGUCACCUGAACCAACUGAAACUACAGUAAAACCUGAAAAAGCUGCGACUCCUGAAAAAACUGAAUCACCAGUAAAAGUUGAACCGCCAACAACACUCUCCAUUUCUGGUAAAAUAACCCCUCCCGGAAAAGUUGCACCUCCAGAGAAAAUUGAAUCUGCAGAGAAGGUAGAAUCUCCAGAGAAGAUUCGAUCUCCAGAAGAAGAAGCUCCCACACAAAAAGAUAUCUCGCCUGUAAAAGGAGCAUCUCCUGGAGAAACCCCGGCAAAGGCAACUUCACCUGAAAAGAUAGCCAGCCCUGACAAAGCCGCUCCAGAGAAAGCUGAAGUUCCGGAAAAGGCAAAAUCUCCUGAGAAAACACCUGUUGAAAAAGUAGCAACACCGGCAGUAACUGAACCUGUGAAACCCGCUGCAGAAAAAGCUGCAUUAGCAGAGAAAGUUGAAUCGCCUGAGAAGGAAACUGCUGAAAAAGCGCCAACCCCGGCAGCAACUGAACUAGAGAAAAUCACUACAGAAAAAGUCGCCGUGUCAGAUAAGGCUGAAUCUCCUGAGAAGAAACCUGCUGAAAAAGCGCCAACAACUCCAGAAUCUGAACUGGAAAAAAGUAAAUCACCUCAGCCAGAUGUGGAAGUUACUCCAGCUGAACAAGUCGAGCCUAUCGAAAAGGCUGUUACCGCAGAGAAAGAAAAAGUUCCUGAGAAGGUAACUCCAAAAGAAGAAUCGCCCAAGGAAAAAAGCGUUUCUCCUCCACAGGUAGCGUCCCCAGAGAAAGCUGCAUCCCCCGACAAAAAAGUGUCUCCCGAAAAGAUCGAAUCACCCGAAAAGGAAGUGACUGUGAAAGCAAUUUCAACUAUAGAAACAGUUGCACCUGAGAAAAAACUCGGAUCACCUGAGAAGGUAUCACCUUCUGAAAAGGUUGAAUUAACAGAAAAAUCACUUGAAGAAGUUGAAAAAGAAAAGCCUGAAGAAAAGGUAUCACCACACGUGGAUGUGCUUUCAUCCGAGAAACUUUCAACGACUGACAAAGUAGAAACUCUAGUGAAACAGAUCUCUCCUGCCACUCAAAAAGAUUUGUCUACAGAGAAAUUACCAGGACUAGAGAAAGACGCUUCACCAGUAUCUCCUGCAGAUGCUGCAAUUCCUUCAGAGAAAGUUUCGCCUUCUGAAAAAGUUGAAGCUCAUGAAGAAAUUGGAAUGGUUGAAAAAGCCCCUGAAAAGGCAGAGUCCGCUGUAAAGGCUCAAUCUCCCGAUCAUAAAACCAAAUCUCCUGAAUUGCUAGUCGAAAAGGACAAAUCUCCCGAGAAAGUAAUUUCGCCUUCAGAAGUGACCAAGCUUCCAUCUACAGAGAAAUUGUCUCCAGCUGCCCCAGCUGAGAAAAUACCUUCUCCGGCUGCGUCAGAUAAACCAUCAUCUCCACUUACAUCUGAAAAAGAAGCAUCUGAGAAAUCUGCCUCUCCAGCUCCUUCAGACAAGUCAGUAUCACCCGCUCCUACAGAAAAAUCACCUGCUCCCUCUGAAAAAGCAGCAUCACCAAUCGAACAAAUAGCACAGGAAAGAGUGCCGUCUCCUGAAAAAGUAGAUGAAAAGGCUCCUUCCGACAAGAUAGCCACUACUGAAGAGAAAGUUGAAAAAGAAGAAGCUCCAUCAACCGAAGCAACCGCAGAAUCAACAAAACAACCAGAGAAACUCUCGGAUAAGGAGGAAAAACUGACAAGCCCAGACACAAAAGUCAUUCCAGUUGAACUGGAUGCACCUAAAGUUAAGGACAAGGUAUCACCUGAACCUAUGCAGGAAAUGAAAUCUCCUGAAAAAAUUGAUGCAAAAGUAGUGUCGAAAUCACCAGAACUAACUAAACAAGAGAUUGAAAUUCCUGAAAAAGAAAAAGCUGUGGAGCCUGCAAAAAUGCCAAGUCCUGAAAAAGAAAUUCCGAUUGAAACCAAAGCUGAGAAACCCGAUGCGCUUAGGAAAGAAGAAUCAGAACAAGAAAAAAGUCCAGCUAAAGAAUCUUCACCAAGCGAAGGAAAGCCAAUAAUUCCAGAACCUGAAAAGGAAACAGUGAAAACUGAACCUGUGCAAGAACCAUCCAGCAAAGACAUUCAGGAAACUGAGAAGCCUGAAAAAGAAUCAAGUAUUGACAAAAAAGAAACUAUUCCUGCCCCUGAAUCAAAAGCUGAAAGUAAGAUUCCAUCGCCAGUAACGCCUGAUGAAAAAGAGGCAAAACCAACUCCCACUGAAGAAAUCAGAGAGUCAAGCCCCCAGUCAAAAGAGGAAGAUGGAAAAACUUUAAGCCCAGAACCUAAGAAGGCCGAAAGCAAAACACCUUCACCCACUCCAGCUCAAGUACCCAGCCCUACACCUGAAAUGAAAGGAACGACACCAGAAACUAAAGAAGCCAAAGAACUUAAGGCAGCUAGCCCUGAGUUGAAGAAAGAAUCAGAUAAGCCUGCUUCUCCGGUUGACAAGAAGGCACCCAGCGUCGACGUAGAUACCGACAAAAAGGAGGAAGUUGUGGCUAAACAUACUCUUACGGAUGAGAAGGCACCAAGCCCAGAAGCAGACAAGAAGAAGGAAGACGAAGCUAAGGAUGCCACUCCUGCCAUAGAAUUAAAGGACGAAAAGUCUCCUAAAGAAGUUCCUGCUACCAAAAGUCCAAUUGCAGAUGCCACUGCUGAGAAGCCAGACCAUGAGUCGAAAACUGAAAUUGAUACAAAAGAAGAAGAAGCCGAAAAAGCUUCGCCGGGAAAGCCUAAACCCCUCACAUCUGAAGAUCAUGCUGAUACUCUCUCAACAGAAAGCCCAGCUACAGUCGAGGAAGCUAUUGUUAUCGAGAAGCACGAGCCUCAGGUUCUCUCCCGAAAAGAGUCAUUAAAGAGCGAUGAGAAAGAAAAGGAUGAAGUGAGUCCGAAGGAGGUAGCCAAACCAAUUACUGAAGCCCAUGCUAUGUAUGAUAUGAGAACUCCACCGUCUCCUGUGUCACCAAUCGAAAAGGCUGAGGACUUGGCUGUUAAAGUAAAAGAUGAUAUUGUAGGAAUCGUGAAAGAUGUUGAGGAGGAAAUCGAGAAAAAAAUUAUUGCUCCUACAGAAGCGGCUAUUUCAUCUGAACUCAAGGAUAUUAAAGAAGAUUUGAAGGAAGCUGGUAAAGAAGCAAAAGAUGAAUUAGGUGGAAUUAUUGAAGCCGCCAAAGAUGUCGGAAGCAAAGUAUUUAGUGGCUUACAAGGACUUCUGCAUAAAACUGAGGAGACGGUUGAAGAGACAACUAAGAAAGAAACAGCAGCACUGCAAGAAGAAGUAUCAAAGAAGCUAGAUGAAUUAUCUACCAAAGUGGAAGACGUAUCUGAUAAAGUGCAAGAUAAAAUUGAUGAUCUUACUGUGUCGGUAACAGAGAAAACCGUUGAGGGCUCUGCCAUUGCUGAGAAAACCGCAGCUAAACUUGAGGCUGAUAUUAUGAAAGCAGAGGAAAAAACAAAAGACGUCUGUACAGAUGUCAAAAAAGACGUUGAAAAGACAAUAGAGAAAGUUGCAGAAAAAACUGAAGACCUGAAGGCCAAAGCCAAGGAAGAAACUGAGGCUGUGAUUCAAAAGGCUGACAAGCUCACUGAAGAAAUUGUAGAUAAAACUAAAGAAGCUGCUGAGACCGCGAAGGCGGAAGCUACUAAAACAAUUGAUGAGAAGAUGGAGAAAGUCGAUGCUGCUAUUUCAGAGCAAAUCAAAAAAGCAGAUGAAGUGGUUGAGAAAGCGGCUGUCGUUGUAGCAGAAAAAACUGCUGAGAUAUCGGCGGAAGUUGAAAAGACCGCCAAAGCGGCUGAAUCAGGUAUCGCCUCUUUCUUGGGAGGAGUAGCAAAAGGAAUUGUGUCGACAAUUGAUUCUGCAGCAGAAAAGAUCACCGAAAAGUUACAGCCAGAGAAGGAACCUAAAGCUGACGAUGAUGAUAAAGAAGUUUUGGAGCUUACCGAAAGUGCCCAGUCGGAGAAGAAAUCUUCCUUCGAAAUCACCAGCUACACCACUGAGCUCAGAGAAACUCACAUUACUACCUUAGAUUCGCCAGUAAAGGAGGAUUCAUUCCCCUCUGAUGAAUUCAAACUGUCUGGAAUGGAACGUGACGAAUCGAGCCUUCAUGAUAUUCGCGAAGAAGAGGAGGAAGAUCGAUACUCACCACCGAGUAAGGAAGCACUAUCCUCUGAAGAUAAAUCACCUGUCCCUGCACUCCGACCAGUUUCACCGCGUGAAGAAGAAGUUGUCAAGAUUGUAGCUACCGUUGCGGAAGUCCUUAAAUCGGACAAAGAUUUAACAGAGAUUAUACCAGACUUUGAUGAGAAGCAGCUCGAGGAGAAGUUAUCACGUACAGCAAGCUUGAAGGAUUCAGAUGGAACGACGGUCAAAAGAAUGCUCGUAACUGCCAGUAGUGAAGAUGGUGGAGAAGAAACAGAAAUCUGUCCACCAGGCACCAUAAAAUUCACACCAGGAUCUACUCCGGAACCUUCUUCUGGAAGAAUGUCACCUGAAGAGAAAGCCACUCAAGAUGAACCUUCCAAGGUUAGUCCUGAGGAAGUUUCCGAAAAAUCACCUGGUGCCCCAUUGUCUUUUGAAGAAAAAGAGAAACAUGAAAUCUCUGAAAAGGAUCAAAUCAAAGCAGCUGAAAGUAAAUCGCCCAUGAAAUUUCCUACUUCCCCCAGUCCAGCCCCCCAUUUCCCAGAAGAAACAACAGCCAGGACAGAACCAACGCCUUUCGAACAUAAAGUUAUUUCCGCUCAUGAACUUGCUGAUCUCGAAGGGUUCAAACAUCCCGAAUCCCGAAAAGAAUCCGUCGCUACUGACGAUUCUAGGCGAGAAUCAGCCAUCAGUAUCAGCGAAAAAGACAUUACAAAAGAUGAAAGCUCGAUUGAUGAUCAUCCUUGCUUGCCGCACGAUGACUUGAAAAAAAGUCCAGAACCAAUUGCAGAAGAAAUUCUGAAGGAAAGCGUAUCACCAUUGUCUGCUAUAAAGACGCCUUCAUUCCCAUCCUCUAAGGACACUAAAUCCCCAGAACACACAGCACCAGAAUCACAAGCUGAUCACAUUACUGAGAAGUCUGAAAAAGAUCAAAAGGAACCCACGAAGGAAGAAGAACCUUCAAAAGACUAUAGCAGACCUGAAUCAGCUGCAAGCCUUCCUAGUGAUAAGGAAACAUCACGAAAAGCUUCUGUCGUUAGCGAAAAAGAAUCUGUUAAAGACACUUCAAGACCGGAAUCAGCAGCAAGUCAUGUCGACCUGCCUUCAAGGCGGGAAUCUAAAGGUAGCCACGUCGAUGAAAAAGAAACACUUCCUAAAGACGACGAUAAAGUCCAUGAUGAUAAGACUCCCUCUCGUAAAGAAUCCGUGACCACUGAACCUUCCAGACCGGAAUCAGUAGCUAGUCAUCUCGAAGAAAAAGAUGAAUCUCGAAAACAAUCCGAAGUGACAGAUAAAGAAGUGUCGCGUCCAACUUCUGCUGCUAGUCACUUUGACGAAAAACCCCUUCCAAAAGAAGUGUCAAGGCCUGAAUCAGUUGCAUCGAGUGUAGAUGAAAAAGAGUCUACAAAAGAACCGUCAAAACCAGAGACUGUUACACCUCAACCUCAAGAAGACGAAAAGAAGCAUGACGAACAACCAUCUAAGCCAGCAUCACUUGUUGCAGACAAAGAUAGCCAGCUAGAGUUAACCCAGUCUCCCAAGGAACCAUCCAAGCCAGAAUUAGUUGUUUCUGACAAAGGUGACAAGGAUGUGAGUAAAGAGGUGUCAAGGCCAGAAUCAGUUGCUUCUCAGAAAGACGAAAAAGAAUUAAGUAAAGUACCAUCCAGUCCAGAAUCAAUAAUAUCCUCAAAAGAUGAAAAGGAAACCAGCAAGGAACUUUCUCGACCGGAAUCAGUUUUAUCCCAAAAGGAAGAUUCCGUUACUCAGAAGGACGAAAAAGAAGCUAGUAGGCCAGAAUCGUCCGCCUCCCAAAAAGAUGAACUGGAAGCUAGCAAAGAACUGUCAGCACCUAAGACGAUUGAACACCACAAGGAUGAAAAGGAGGCAGCUAAAGAGCCUUCUAAACCCGAAACAAUUGCACCUCAACAAGACGAAAAGGAAGCGAGCAAAGAAUCGUCUAGACCUGAUUCCGUAGCAUCUCAUAAAGAUGAAAAAGAAACCAGCAAAGAAUCUUCAAGACCAGAAUCUGUCGCUUCCCAUAAAGAUGAGAAAGACGUCAGUAAGGAACCAUCUAGACCGGAGUCCGUCGUUUCUCAGAAAGACGAGAAAGAAGCCAUCAAAGAACCAUCUAGACCAGAAUCAGUCGCUUCUCAUAAAGAUGAGAAAGAACUUAGCCAAGAGCCAUCUAGACCAGAAUCAGUAGCAUCCCAUAAAGAUGAUAAGGAAGCCAGCAAAGAGCCAUCUAGACCGGAAUCCGCGGCUUCACAGAAGGAUGACAAGGAAACUGGUAAAGAACCAUCGAGACCAGAAUCAGUUAUCUCCCACAAGGAUGAAGAGGAAACCAAAAAAGAACCAUCUAGGCCAGAAUCCGCCGCUUCACAAAAAGAUGACAAGGAACUGUCUAGACCAGAAUCAGCCGUUUCAUCUAAAGAUGAAAAAGAAGUUAGUAAAGAGCCAUCAAGACCUGAAUCAGUCGUUUCUCAUAUAGAUGAGAAAGAUGCUAGUAAAGAACCGUCUAGGCCAGAAUCCGCCGCUUCUCAGAAAGAUGACAAGGAAGCAAGUAAAGAACCAUCCAAACCAGAAUCAAUCGCUUCUCCCACAGAUGCAAAAGAAGCCAGUAAGGAACCAUCUAGACCAGAAUCUGCCGCUUCUCAUAAAGAUGAGAAGGAAGUCAGCAAAGAACCGUCUAGGCCGGAAUCAGCUGCUUCUCAAAAGGAUGAGAAAGAAUCUAGCAAGGAGCUAUUAAAACCAGAAUCAACCGCUUCCCCUAAAGAUGAGGAAAAAGCAAGCAAAGAACCGUCCAGGCCUGAGUCAGCCACUUCUCAAAAAAGUAGUAUUGAUGAGGUAUCAAAACCCGAAGCAGUCACUUCUCCAAAGGAUGAGAAAGAAGCUAGCAAGGAACCAUCUAGACCAGAAUCAGUUGCCUCUCACAAAGAUGAGAAAGAAGCUAGCAAGGACCCAUCUAGGCCAGAAUCUGCAACAUCCCACAAGGAUGAAAUAGAGACGAGUAAGGAGUCAUCUAGACCAGAAUCAGUCGCUUCUCAUAUAGAUGAGAAGGAAACCAGCAAGGAAUCAUCUAGGCCGGAGUCUGCCACUUCUCACAAAGAUGAAACAGUAGCUAGUAAAGAAACAUCUAGACCGGAAUCCGUUACGUCCCAUAAAGAUGAGAAAGAAGCCAGUAAAGAGCCAUCCAGACCGGAAUCUGCAGCCUCCCACAAGGAGGAAAAAGAAGCUAGCAAGGAGGCAUCUAGACCCCCAUCCGUUGCGUCUCUUAAAGAUGAAAAAGAAACCAGUAAGGAACCAUCUAGACGAGAAUCAGUCAUUUCCGAAAAGGAUGACAAAGAAGCUAGCAAGGAGUCAUCUAGACCGGACUCAGUCGCUUCUAAGAAGGAUGAAAAAGAUGACAGUAUUCAGCGAGGAUCAGUAGUUUCUCAAGCAGACGAGAAAGAUAUCAGCAAGGAACCUUCAAGUCCGCAAUCGACUGCAUCUCCAAAAGAUGAUACGGAAGCCAGUAAGGAGCCUCCAAAACCGGAAUCAGUCACAGAAUCGAUUGAGAAAGAUAAAACGGUGCCUCCAGCCAAACCAGAAUCGAGACCUGAAUCCGUUUUAAGUACUCACCCUGAAGACACCGGAAGUAGGAGGGAUUCAUCCGCGAGUCUAAGUUCCAAGCCAGAGGAAAAAGCUGCAACCUCCCCCAAAGAAGCAGAUAUUAAAGAGGAAGAGCCAGCCAAGGCAUCGGUUACUCCAGCAAAGUCGCCUGAAGUGCCCAGAAAAACGUCUAUAUCUACUACUGUUAGCGACAAAGAGGAAGACAAGCUAGCCACGAAACCAGAAUCGACAACAGACCAUGUUCACGAAGAGCCAUCUGCCACGAAACCAACCGAGGUUGAUACUCACGAUUCAAAAGCUCAUGCUCUUCAGGAGAAGAUGCAAGACACAUUAGCAGAAAAACCAUCAUUAACUACACAAGAUGCAUCUCGACCAGAAUCGGCAGCAUCGCAUAUAAGUGAAAAAGAUACGAAAUCGGAUCACAAAUCACCAGUCUCAUCGCGACCAGAGUCAGCUGCGAGCCACAUUGAACCUGAGCACGAAAAAGCCACUCAAGAUUCAUCUAAAGCAAUAGAGGAAGCAGUCAAACGAGCAUCAAUUGUUGCCGUAACAGCAGCUCCGUGCGCUGCAACUUUAGUUGAAGAAACUGGUAAAAAGUCAAGUCCUUCUGAAAGUAAAGAAUCUUCCCGACCAGAGUCAGUAACGAGUCACGCCGACGAAAAGACUUCCCCGAGCAAAGAUGCUCCUAGACCUGAUUCUAUUGUAAGUCAUACCGAAGUUCCGAUUUCUCCGGCAAAAGAUAUUUCUCGACCUGAAUCUGUUACAAGUCACAUUGAGGACCGACUUUCUCCUCUAAAAGAUACUUCUAAACCUGAGCCUGUCGUUGAACACAUUGACGAAAAAAUCUCACCAAUCAAGACAGUGCCAGAGGCAAAGGGUGGAGAUAAAGAUGAAAAGAAAGUUGAAACAUCGUCCGCAGACAUUUCGGCUGUUUCCAAACCAGAAUCUGCUGCUACUCAUGUAGAUGAUAAAGAAACCGUCCCUCUCAAAUCCGAUACAGGGCUUGAAUCUAAAACUAGUUUCGUUGAUGAAAAAGACUCUGUAAAAGAUUCCUCUCGCUCUGAAUCUGCCGCAAGCUUCGGUGGCAGCGAAAAAGACGAAGCGCUACAAAAAGACUCAACUAAACCCGAAACCAAAGAUAGUGGCGCUUUAAAGGAUAGCUCGAAGCCUGAAUCACGGCCAGAUUCGAAAGCAAGUCAAGUCGAUGAUAGUGUCGCUUCAAAGGAUAGCUCGAAGCCUGAAUCACGGCCAGAUUCGAAAACAAGUCAAGUCGAUGAGCAGGAAGCAGCCAAAUCAGAUUCCCGCAGGGAGUCUACUCUCAGUGCUUCUGAAGAGAAAGAUGUUCACUCAAGACCUGACUCAAAGAUGACUCAUAUAGACGAAAAGAAACUCAGCAUUGGAUCUGAAAUAAGUAUCGUUAGCAAAGAAGGACUCUCACCAUCUAAGACUGAUGAAAAGGAGCCAUCCCGACCGGAAUCCAAAGCCAGUCAUACAGAUGAGAAAGACUCACAUAUAAGUCCAGUAAGCCAAAAGGAGACAUCAUCCAAAGAUGCAUCCAGACCUGAAUCCGUUACAAGUCAUAUUGAUGAAAAGGAUGUUCUAUCGGAAAAAGACACUUCCCGACCAGAGUCUAAAAUCAGUCACGUUGAAGAAAAAGGCCCUUCAAGACCAGACUCUGUAGCAAGUCAUACAAGUGAAAAAGAUGCAAAACCGAUGCAAAAAUCUGAGCCAAGCGACUCCCAUCUGAAGGACGUAGUACAACCAGAAUCUAAAGUGGAAGAUUUAGAUGAAAAGGAUAGUUCAAGGCCUAGUUCGAAAACUAGUCAUGCAGAGGAUAAAGACGAUUCUAAGCAAACAUCACGGCCAGAGUCGGCGACUAGUCAUAAAUCUGAAAGUCCAACUAAAGACACAUCAAGACCCGAUUCAAAAUCAAGUCACAUCGAUGAAAAGGACGAUUCCAAACAAAUGUCUCGGCCAGAAUCAGCAGCGAGUCACAAAUCCGACACGAAAGAACUAGAAUCCUCGCGCCCAGCCUCACAGGCAUCGCAUGUUAGUGGGAAAGACACUGCUGAAGAUAAACCCAUUCCAACUCAAGAUGACAUAAAAAUUCAGCCAGUAGCAGAAAAAGUCGAGGCAGACAAGAAGUCGCCUGAAGCUAAAGAAGCAUCCAGACCUGAAUCCAGAGCAGAUCAAGAUGAUCUCGCUAGGAAGACACCAUCCCCCAUCCAAAAAGAUGAACACUCUGAAUCUGUAUCUGACUCCAGUGAAAAGGAUACAACAAAAUCAGAACUUUCUCAGGAAUUAGCAACAUCAUCCAUCAUCACUCAACAUAUCAAGGAGGAACCACAAAAGACAGAAAAGGUAGGAACAAUGAUCACAACGACAGAAACUACCACGACAAAAACAGUUAUUGUAGAAAAAACAGUGGAUUCAGCCCAAACUGUAAGCGAUUCCAAGAAAACUGAAACAGUCACAACUGAAACAGCUAAAGAACAACCACAUUCACGCCGUGAAUCAACUUUGAGCCAGUCCAGCGAUAAGACUCAGCACUCCAGACCCGCUUCCUCGAUGAGCGAUCACGAGGACGAAGAUGAUGCUGAAAUCAUGGCAAUCAAAGAAGCUCGUUCCAAGUCAGUAGCAUCUAUCAUGAUGACCAGUAUGUACAAGCCCGCUGAAGACUUCACUACUUUCUCAACAUUAGAUGAGGAAUCAUCUGAUUACAAACAAGAACUAAGCGACAUAAUAUCUUCCGCCACAACCACCAAAACUGAAAAGGCUGUCACAAGCAGCACAUCCAGCAGCAAAGAUCAUGCAACCCUGGAUAGAAGAGUUUCCAUCUCACCAGAGUGUGAUGUAUCGCGACAUCUUUCAGAUGAACGGAUCGCCAUAAUUACAUCUUCAAUCGAUCCUACGUCUCCAGGAAGUAAAGACCGGAAAACUCCGCCUACGGUCCCAGUUAGUCCUAAUAUAAAGUCUGAAUUUAAAUUAAGCCAACCUGAAACAACGACUCAAAGUACAAUCACAGUCGUAACUAAGGAAACAUCAAUAACUUCAGGAGCAUCCACACCCAAGGACGUAUCAGGAAAAUCGAGUCCUGGUUUCCAGUCGCACACAACUUCGGAAAGCCAAUCGAUUCCAACCCCAGCAGGUCAAGGUUCUUCAACUCCCGAUUCAUCUCCGAAACCGACUUCGCCAUUCCCACGUGUCAGCAAGGAAGAGCUGAAGUCAUUCUCCGAACAGAGCACACCUGAUAUUACAAGAAUACCUACUCCUGAAAUACUAGAUUCUAAAGCUUCUCAGGAUAGUAGUUCCGAACAAAUUACAACUACAACAAUUACUACUAUAACCAAAGUAAUUUCCAGUGAUGGCAAGGAGAUAGUAACUGAAGAAAAGACUGUUACAACAAGUGAUUCCAGUGACCCCAAGAAAAGCACAACUGUAGUCACUAAAACGCAUUCAUCCUCAGACGUGCCUGGUUCAAAAGACGUAAGCUCUCUAAAGUCGGAGUUCCGCAGCUCUACACCAGGAAGUGAUGAUUUUGAGCAGCACGAAGGCUACUCCCUACGAUCCGACAUCAGCUCCGGGCAAGCUUCAAGAGUAACUUCAGGCUGGGCUACGGGAACCGUUGACGAUAGACAUUUCAGUGAUGAUGAAGUUCCACCUUCUCCACUUAGUACCACUUCUGACGCUGCCUUCUCUCCACCCUCUGACUAUUCAUACGAAUACAACGUCCGGAUGAAACAACGCGGAGGAAAGAAAUCCGAUAUAGACACAGAAACAGACAGCCAAGAUGACAUUCCGCCACAAUACGGAAGCGCAGAAGCGGAAUCGGCUCUUCCCAUUACAAUGACGCACAAAAUUGAUCCAAUGAGCACAUCCUUCUAUGGAACAUUACCCGAAACAUUCGGUGAAAAAUCUAGUCCUAUUCCCAUUGUAACCACAAGAACAACCAUCACACGUACCUAUCAUGAGUCUCCUUCAAGCCAGUCAGGGGAUAGCAUGAGCCAAUCGUCCUUCCUGUCUAAACAGGGUGAUCAUAAAUUCCUAGAUGAAGCCGACAUGGACUUUGAAAAAGCCCUCGAAGAGCAUCGACAAGCCCGAGGAACUGAAGUCAUGACCACAGUCACUUCCAAAUAUUCCUAUUCUCCGUCAAAGCAAGCUCCUCAAACUGAGGAAUUCGCCAAAACCCAAUUCCCAUUGGAGGACGUCCAAAAAGUUGCCAAAACAUCCCCUCCAACAGCAGAAUCAACCAAAGACUCUAAACCUGAGGCAGAUAAAUCAAAAGAUCCGAAACCGGAUGAGAAAGACCCAGCAAAUGUUUGGGGAAAACCACUAGGCCUACCGUCGCCGGCACCUAUGCCAGCGGAAAAUGAUAUUCGAACUACACCAAAAAAGGAACGUAAAAUGGUCGUGAGUAAAACAACAAAGUUAAACAACGAAAAGAAUCUACGGAAGCGAUCUGAAUCGCCGGUAAAGGCAGCGAAGAAAGCUAAUCCAAUCUACAUGGAUCUGACUUAUGUUCCACAUAAUGGAAACUCGUACUAUUCACAUGUGGAAUUCUUCAAGAGGGUGCGCGCGCGCUACUAUGUUUUCUCUGGAACUGAACCGAGUCGAGAAGUUUACAAUGCUCUACUGGAAGCAAAACAAACGUGGGAAGAUAAGGAUUUAGAGGUAACAAUCAUCCCAACCUACGAUACAGACGUUCUCGGCUAUUGGGUCUCAGAAAACGAGGAACUCUUGGCUAAAUACCACAUCGAUCUAUCCCCAUCAGCAUCACGUUGCACAAUCAACCUACAGGAUCAUGAGACUUCAUGUUCAGCAUAUCGACUAGAAUUCUAGGCAACGGGAAUGUUUAUAGCCUUUUCACCAGGGAUGGAUUUACAACAACAAUCACAACAAAAUCAGUAAGAGCAGCAAUUCAAAAUCAACCAACUAAGAUCACAGUUGCUCCUGAAGUGUAUGUAGGAAAACGAUCAUCAAACGCUACAACACAGAAACAGCAAGAGUAAACCUUUCUUUUCAGAGAAUAAAUUUUUCGAUAAUAUUCUGAAUUUAUUUGAUAGUGAAACGAGAUCAGUUUUAAUUAUUAUUAUUAGAUGUAUAUUUUCUCUCUGAAAUAUAUUUUCUUAAUAAUAAUAAAUUUAUUAUUGUAAAGAAAAAAUCAAUUGGAAGAUAAUAUACGAGUAGAAUGAACACUAAGAAGUGUAUAAAGAUUGAAAAGCCCCCUACGUGAAAGGAUAAGAUUGUUAUGAAACUGGAGAGAGAUAAUAAAAUUGAAGAAACCCCUGAUUAUGUGUUUCAAGUGCGACCUGAUAAUUAGAAUGAGUACUAUAAAAAGAAUGAAUUUCGCGCACUUGAUUUCAAUACGUUCCGGUCAUAUUUAAUUGAGCAUAAUUCAACCGAAAAUUGAACACGCACAAAACCACUAAAUAAAACCGAUAUUUUGAAGUAUAAUUCAAUUUUCGAGACUAGUUGAAACUAUGCAGGAAAGCGGCCCGGUCCCUUAAAAACUACAAAUAUAUAGCGUAUAUAUAUUUUUGAAAGCUUCACAAGAAAGUUGAAAAACUAAAACUAUUUAGUCCUGAUGAAAAUCGAGAAUUUCAUGUCCCAUUUAUGAUCAAAUUACUAAAUAAGCAUUCUUUCAUUUGUCACGACAACAACAAAGAAAUGAAACAAGAAAUCAGGUAAAAGCUUCUAUGCUAUUUGUGAGAAAACAAUAAGAAAAAGUUCUAAAAGAUUCAACACGCGAAGCCUUGAAAGAUUCCGAUCUGAAGUUGGGAACUUGAAAGUAAAUGCUUAAUUGUUAUAUUUUUCAAAGGAACGAAGACUAUGAUAUUAAAUAAAUAGGAAAAGAUGACGAUUUGCGGAAGAAGUGUGUGCCUCUGCCAAGCAAAACCUUUAUUUAAGCCAUGAAAAAUGCCUGAAAUAUGAAAAACGAAUACGAAUGAAAUUAUCGCUUUGUUAAGUUUUGUUUUUUCGCCUACAAUCCAAAUUGCACCCAAAUCAAAUUUAGAAUUUUUAUAUAAAAAUUUUAUCAAUUUAAAAAUAUGCAUUUUAUAUAUUGUAUUUAUAUUUAAGGCUAGCUACAUCUAUUGUGUUUUCAAAACUACGAACCACGCUUUGUCAUUGAAAUUCAAGCUUUGAAAUUAUUAUUUACUUACUAAUUUGUUUUCUGCUUUAUACACGAAAUACUUUUACUAAAGAGUAUCUUUCUUUUACUGAAAGAGAACACUUAUUGCUGACAGAUUGAAAUUUUGUAAAUUAUAUCCUUGUUGAAAACGCUAUGAACACAAACCUUGAUGCUUAUGGUAAAACGGAUUAUGAGAAUGUCUCAAAGAAAUCAUGAACUACGCCAGGAAGUAAAUAGGAUCUAAAAUUAGAAUAAACAAAUGUAAUAAUUAAAAGCAUAUAAUCCAAAUGACAGAUAGGAAAUAUAAUGUUCUUAAAAUUGAAAUUUUCAACUGCGUAAUCACACGAAAAAAAUAAACGAAUAUCAACCAGACAUUUGUAUUUAGGUCAAAUUUUGAGUGAAAGAUUGUCAAAAGCAACCGGAAUUGUUAUUGAUUUCCAUCCGAACCCUUAAGUAUUUAAUUUUAAUAAUUUGUGAAUUAAUUAGUCUUCAAGUUACAAUUGUUUUAAAAAUAUUAUGAAUAAUAUUGGUUUCAUCAAUUUUCAGUUAUCGCCUUACAUAUUUUUUUUUUAAUUUUUUCAAAUUAUACUUUUUUUGUAUUUCAAUAUUUAUUAUACUUGAAAUACAAUUUUAUUUAAAUUAGAUUUUUAUUAUAUUCAUAACAGUAUUGUAAUAUAAUUUUUUGUGUCGUUUCGGAUUAUAUCUAUUAAAUAACAUAAUUUCAAUAAUUUUCAGGAAAUCCGUAAACACUUUUGGCAAUUUUGAACAAAAUAAAUCAUUACAGAAGAUAAUUCAUUCAAUUUCUAACAUCUAUCUGAAUAAGAAUUAUUUUAGUAAGUAAAUGUGUAUUUGCACUAGUCGUCGUAAUAUGCUAAAUAACUUAUAUAAUAAUAUUCAUGUUGUUAGCAAUCGUGUCUAGAUGAGAUCGCUAGAUUUUUAGAAACAAAAUGUCAAAUAUGAGCAUUAUAUGAAUCGUUAUCAUUAAAUACUGCUAGUGAAAAUAUAAGAAAAAACAACAAGCUAAAUUCGGUACCUAUUUACGAUGUUAGAAUAGUGAAAUUUACAUGCAUACGAAUAUAAGUCAUGUUGCUAUUUAUUAACGACUAUACCACGUUAUUAAGGUAAAAAGAAAACUUAUUCUCAAAUGGAUGAAAUACGAAUGACACGUCAAUAAUAUUGACUUGCAUGAAAAGUUUUGAUGAUAGUCAUACAUAACAAGUGAUUAGUAAACUCAAAAAAAAAACAAAAAUCUAAUAAGCUCCGUGCAGGGCUAGACCAGAAUACAAGGACAUAAAAUAGUCAAAAAUGAUGUCCGCUGCAAUCUCAUUUUUGCGGGUUAAAUACAAUAAGCCCGUCUUUGAUUUAUCUUUUUUUACUAAAGAUCAAUCGAAACCGAUCCAGUAUGGCCUCCAAUUGUUAGAAACUGAUCAAAAUUUGAAUUUCUCAAAUCACAUUUUUGCUAAAAUAAUUAAUAUAACAUAACAUAUAGGAAACUAUAAAAUUUUAUGAUAAAUAUGAAACACAGAAAAGAAAAUUUUGAUGAAAAAUAUUUCAUUUUCAGAGACAGAGAAUAGGAGUGGAUUUAGUUAUAAAUCUAUUCCAUAAAAAUUGAAUCAAUUUCAAUACAAUUAGCACAUCUAAUCAGUAAAAGAAUUUCAAGUAAAUGAAAAUGCCAUACAAUGGAAAUAAGUCAAGUCAGGUGAUAGCAAAAAUAACAGAACUAGACUAGGAUUGAAACAAAUGCGGAAAAUUAUGUCAAAUAAUUUCUCAAAACUCUGAUAUAGACGACUCCAAGUACCUCUCUUUUUAAUCUACGUACAUCUUUACACUAAAAUAUGUAAUUCUCGUAAUCUUUCUUCAAAUCGUCUUAGCAGAACAAAGAAUCAAGAAAUUCACAGAAAUUCAUAUUUAAAUUAAAAGAAGAUUAAAACGAUUUUUUUCCGUAAAUAAAGAAUGGGUAUAUGAAGUGUAUAAUAACCAAGUUCAAAAAGAUGUAUUUACUAGGGGCUUGGAAGAAAAUUAUUACUAAGAAAAUUAAUAAUAAAUUACGCUAACACGACAUACACAUAACAAAAACAUGGAAGGGACUUUGGAAAAAUUAAAAUUGGAUCAGAGAUGAUAAAAAUUGGAUCAGAAGCGAUGGAAAAUGGUGAUAAAAUUAGAAAAAAUCUAAGUAAUAACAUCGUAAAUGCAAACUCAAAAUUAUAAUAACUUCGUGAAUGCAAAUCAAAUUAAACUGAAAAAGCCAUUAAAGUAAAAUUAAUGUUCGCAUAUCCAACACCUAACUACAAAAUAAUAAAAGAAAGAUUAAUAGAAAAGUGCAACAAAUACUUAGCAAUUCAGGAUAACUUUUCAACAUGAUCCAGGAAAAAUUGAAAAUUUAAUAUAAUUAAAAAUAAAAACUACUUGCUAAUUAAAAACUAAGAGAAUAAAUUAGGGAAAAUUCUUUUCUUUGAUCUAAAAAAUUAUCAUUUUUCGCAAAUAUGAUAUAUUCAGGACAAAAUUCUUAGAACAGCACAAUACAUGUUCAAAAAAAUAUUAUUCAUGCAAGAAAUGAUUUUUUUUACUGAAAACAGAAAUGCUUUUCCCUAAUUUGCUGUGUCUUAUUAAUGAAUGAUAAUAUGUAAAGAUAUUCGCUUUGAUUUACUUAGGUCCAGUUGACUAUAAAUGAUAAAUCAUUCUUAAUGAAAUUGAUUUAAACUGAUGCCGGGAGUCCCGGGUAAUAUGGCAAAUAAAACUUACAUAAAGCAGUGAAAAUUAAUAUUUACUUUCAAAGAAAUACGUGAGUAGUUCUUAUGAUUUUAUAAGAUAUUUCCACAUUAUUUAUGUUUUAGAUUAUUAUUCUUUUUAAAUUUUGUUAAUAGUUUAAUGACAAAGGAAGAUUUUAUAAUUGUAAAUUUUAAUUUCCAUGAACUUCGAAGUGAACACGGUUUUAUUACUACUUUGUGCUUUAGUUUUGAUUGGAAAUUGGCCAAAAAGUAAUGCAAUUAAGAAUGGUCUUAAAAAGAUCCUAGUGUGGACCAAAACUUUGCUAUUAAAUAAAUCAGAUAGACAGCACGGUCAAAAUUUUCAACUAAAGCCAAGAAAAAUAGUAAAACCAUUUUCACUUAAAAAUUUCACUGAAAUUAAAAUUUGCAAUCACGAAAACAAUUUUCGCCAUUAAAAUAUUAACAAACCUUUUAAUAUUACUAAUUUAAAUUUAUCUAAAACCCAAAAAUUUUGCAUAAAAGAAUAAAACUUAAUAAUAGCAAUAAAACAUGCUAAAUUCAAAACGAAAUUAUAAUUUACAUCUCAUCCAAAACCCGAAAAUUUUGCAUAGAAAUUUUUGAAAAAGUAAAAUAAAACUUUAAAAGAUUGUGCACCGUCCAAAUUUUUGCAUUAGAGAACAAAGAAAAUAUAAUAACUUUAAAUUUUCUUUACUAGCCGAUCAAGUAACAAUAUUAUCUUGAAAACAAACGGAGCGUACAAAACUUUUUUAGUAGAUUUCAUAAAAUAUAAAAACAAUUUUAUGCUUAGGGACGAAAAAUAUUGUAGACAUUUUCGAAAGAUUUUUUCAAUAGCUGGCUAACUAUGAUUGAAUUCUUGAAUGUUAUUUAAAUUUGCAUAGAAUUAAAAGGCAAGGAUUGUGAAAAAGGAAAAAGGAUCGAAAGAGAUUGCUGAUCUUAUUUUCUAGAUUAUAUAUACUUCUGAAAGCAAAUUCUAACCUCAAAUUGAAAAAUAUAGAAAUAGAACGUAUCCUUACUUUAGACCGAAGCACUCCGCAAACGUCCAUUCGUUUAAAAUUCUUGAUAUCUUCUAUGAUGGCUAAGCUUCGGAGGCAUUCCAUUCCAAAAUUUUUUAAGCUGCAAAAUAGUGGUCAUAAUCACGAUUGACUCCAUUUAGGAUUUGUACACCCAAUGCUCUGAAUUUUGUUCCUUUGUUUUGAUAAUUUUUUUCAAAGUAAAGAAAGGAAGUAAAUAGAGCUUAUCACUUGAGCUUUGGUAAUAAGCAGGGUGGGAGGAGUAUCAUGAAUCAGUACCAGGCUAAUGUCGUCGAUAUUGUCAAGAAAUAGCUCCCCUCCCCCCACCCCUCCGUUGUGCAUCUAUAAUAGUACUCAAUGCGCUGAAGGCUGGUAGAGGCGCUUGAUAUCAAUAAACGGCAGGUCAGCAUACAAAGAAAACAAACAAUCAGAUACCGAAAUGAGUCUUGAAAUUCGACCUCACCUUCCCUAUCUUCAUUUCUGGGCGCGGUAUAAUCCAGAUGGUAAAGCAUUUGAGCUUGGUGCAUAGUAUCAGUGCAAAAGUUGAGUAACUUUUUUGUAAAGAUGUUUUCAUCUUCUGUACAAUUCCUUUCUAGAGUCAUUUCGGAAAUAUAUAGUCACAUGGGACAGAUUUGCUAUCUUUCUUGCAAAGGAAUAAUACAUUUCAUUCAAGGUCUUCAGCAGUCUCGUUAUUAUGCUCAUAGGGUCACGUAAUGGUAUCCUAAAUAUAAUGCACACUCUCAUUGCAAUCAUGACGCCAUGCUGGCUAUACUGUAGCUAAUGGACCUGGAUCGCAAAGAACUCACAAGUUUACGUUUGUUCCCACGAAGCUAAGCACCCUUGCUAGAGAAAAGCUACGUUGUUCUGCCUUUUGAUGCAAGUAAUCCAAAUGGUCCUUGAAAUUCAGCCACAACCAUCGUCUUCAGGUACCAAAUUUAAUAUUAACGGUUUUCAUGGUUGGCGAAGUGAAUAUUUUUUUUUUUCUUUUUUCGCCCCUGGUUUGAUCAUUCAGCUGCAAAGCCAAUCAUCGUUGCCUUCUUCAGUAUACAAAGACAAAACACACCGUGCUCUAGUAAGGAACUUUCUGAAAUUUCCAACGAGACGGUAUAGUUUUUCUAUCCAUAGUCUAUCUCGUACUGCUUUCAACACUUGGAGAAUGUUGCAACCACACAAGGAUUCCCAUAUAGAAACCUCCCACGAGUCGAGAUGAAUAGGUCGAAAGACUUCAUAACGUUGACCACCACGAACGAUGAAUGGCUGCGUCUGAUGGGAGAUCUAGGAACCCCUUACAACCCCUCAGAAUGUAAUUCUAAGCCUUCCUUACCUAAUGAAGAAAGGAUGUUACCGUAAGGCUGACAAUCUCAGCCAGUGCCCAAAAGAAACGGCUAAUAUGAGAAUUGCCUUUGUUUGAACAUUGCAUCACCUAGCAUGUCUCAUCAAGAAGUUACUAGCCUUGAGUGUGUCUUUCCGCGAGAAAAUGUUUAGCAUACCUUAUCCGUAAGUUAUAGCACUUACUUGCUCAAGGUAAUUCUUUUCAGUAGAACCUUGAAAUGGCAGUGGUAGUAUUGCGGGGAAAAAAAAGGUGGCAUCAAUUGGCUGAUGGGAAUAAAGGCGGUUACAUACAAGUGCACGAAGCAGACUAAUGCGUUGGAGGAGGCUUGGCAGGUGUCACAACACCUCCAUGAUGGUUUAGGAAGGCUUCGGUUCCAACAGUACUAUUGAAGAGCCAUGCAGAGUUAACUGACAUAAUUUAGUGGAGGGUGUUAAUAUUAAAUGCGAAAUUCGAUGCGUACUUACAAGAGAUUGAUCGUACGAUUUAAGGUUAAACACCAUUUACCAGACGCAACGUAAGGAUCACACAAUUACAAAAAAUCAACAAUUCGUUUUAAAACUAAACAUUUAGUACGAAACCUGUUGCACAUCGUUCAAGUUUUUUCAAACUGUCAAGAAAGGAUCCCUCAAGUAAGUCUAUUCCUUCGACCCUUCGUGAGAAAAUUGGAAAUAAUGGAUGUAGGAAACAACAAAAGCGCUCACUUUUAUUAUAAAUUUUCUCCAAUGAUAUGACCUCGAAAUUUUUCGGUAAAUCGGUUUUACCUGUCAGAAGCUCGAAAUUAUCGUAGUGUGACCUAGCUACUAUAUUACAAGAGGUUUUGAUGUAGCGCUAUCCAUUACGAGAGCUUUUACGUUUCCACAAAUCAAACUUCUUGGUUCAUUUACUCUCUUCACAUCCCGAAUUAGCUUUCCCCCAUAUGCAAGGGCAACUCAUCUUAUGACAGAUACCAAAGCAGCACUAGUUAUGUUAUGUCUGUGAGAAAAGUCUGCAGGCAUACCGGGUAAAAUAAAGACUUUCUUAUUUGAUUAUGAAGAAAACUUCUAAGGUGUUUCCAAAGACCAUUUCUUUCCAUCUUAAUGCUGAAACCAUUAGCAGUUGAUGCUUUUAAAUCUCAGGAUCUGAUUCUGCAUUAAGAAACAUUCCUCGAGAACUUUCGCCAAAUCCUUGCUUUAAGCACUAUACAGUAAACCAAGGCAUCAGGUUAAAGCAGCAUAAGCCAAACUAUAUGGCCCUACUCGAGUACAAUGAGGCACUGGGGUCUAAGUGCUCAGAAACUUUGCCUCUUCUCCGCCUCAAGUAGCUCAGGAUUAAUCGAAAGUUAGCUUUUGAAAAGGUUUCUCUGUGCAAUAGGGACGAUGAAGCAAAAAUGCGCAUUGGCAGUGGUUCAUUAUAAGACCAGCUUCUAUUAGUCCUUUUAUAUAAUGUAUAUGGAAGGGUGGAUAUGCGCCGAUAAUCAGUUCUGCAGAUUACCUAUCCAAGCCUUUGACGAAAAACCUACAACCAUAGCAUGUCCUCCAUUUCUGCUAGCAAAGAUUCCAACUAAACUUUGUAGGAGAAAAAGGCUACAUUUGUCAACAACCUUAAAAAGAGCGGCACAAUUUGACUUAAAUCUUCAUCUAUCUCUUUAGCCUUUAUUCCAUUUGGUAGUUAGGUGCCUCUCGAGAUCUAACAAUCGACCUUUAAAUAUCUCUAGUUUAACAUGAAAUUGAUCUUUGAAAAAUAUCUAAAAAUUCAGCGAUAGUAGGAAUAUAUUCUCCGAGAAUCACGCUCAACUUCAAAGAAUCUACAUAAGUAUAAUUCGAAUUUUCUAAUGCUGGGAUGAUGCGGUCUUCCCUGUAGCUCCCCUCUUUGGAUGGGAGUAUUAUUCAAUGCGGUACUCUGAAGAAGUUAAUGUCCAAAUUAUCACUUAAUGGCACCUGGAACUUGUGAUGCAAUUGAGCCGUGAUCGCGAAAAUAAUCUCAAAAGUUUUUCUAACGCAGGGGGCAGCUGUCACGUGGCAGCAAUGUCAGGAGAAGUAGCGAACCCAACCCAAAGCCGUCGACCCUGGUACCGAACAAAAUAACAAGAAAACAACAAAAAGAAGAAAGGAAUCUGCAGAAAAGGCUUUGAAAACAAUGGUACUUUGAUAAGGUCUGCUAGAUUACUCCAGUGACUCAAAUAUAAGGGUAUAAAAUGAUCCAAGGCCCGAGAAAAUCAAUCACAAUACAAUCUCUCAUUAAAAGGCAGGGUUAUUAAAGAGUUUCAAGCAGGUUAUUUUACACCAUAUCCUCAUGCAAGAUCUGGGAACUCACAAGCGCACAGUAUUGACAUUCCUUCUGAGACAGUUCUGGAUGUCCCUAACGCUCUCUGCAACUGUUCAACAGAAUAUAUUUAUGUGCGAAAGAUUGACCAGCGGGCAGGGAACCUGGGGACACUUGAAAUUGGAGCAAAAUUCGCACAAUGUGCUCCUAAAAGAAUUGUCAAUUUUUCAAUGAAAAUAUCCUCGCCCAUUGAACUUUUCAUUCCAAGGCAAUAAUCUGGUUUGCUGUACAAUACUGAUUUUUUGGAAAGACUUCUAGUCUUUGCUCAUGAUAAUAUUUUUGAAACUUUACUUCACUCUAUAUUUGUGUUUCAACUUACAUAAGUACCCCAAUAUUCGUCGUGGGAAGGCUGUUAUCCUAGCCCCAAAAUUAGCUUAUUCUUCAAUAUAAAAAUCGUCCAUUCUGAAGUGGUGUUCUGGCUCACUGGCCAAUAUUAAUUUCCCAGGAAGUCGACGUUUGGAAGUCACAUCAUUUGCUUCGGUAAGCUUUUUUCCACCCGACUAUAAACUACACCAAAUUCUCAUCCAUUCCCCAAUUAGGACUGUCAUCAGCAUAGAGGAGGUAGUUAUAAGUAUUGAUAAUAGACUAUGCCUACUUAGACAGUUUCCUUCCACUGCAACUCGCAGGAGCUUGCGAAACAAAUAAAGUUUCUCCAGGGCAGAGAGCGCACAGAUUGUUCGUUGUGAGGAAUCCUACAAAAGUAUCUCUGAAGUUUGAUAAAACCAAAUUGCUCCAUAUGAAAUUCAGAACCGCCUGCUGUUCCCAAUAACAUUGACAGUGGGUAGCCAAGAUCGGCUAUUGCCCCGAUUAUCGCAAGCAAUAGAUUAUGGACCAAUGGCCUGUUGGAAAACCUAGAAGGACUUCGAUUCGUCCCUUCAUGAGGUAGUCGCCAGCUUUCAUUUCAAGCAUUUUCGCCUGCCUAUGGAAGCUCAAAUUACUUCAUUCCACUCCGCGAAUCCUUAAGAAUUCACUCUUCGGAGUAGGCUUGACAGCAAAUGUCAUGAUACCCAAGGUGGCACCCAACCAUAACCCCAAUCGUCCUACAGCUAUUUAAGAACGAUUCUUCUCUCUCGCUACUUACGACGAAAUAUAUUCCGCGGGUAUCAGAAUCAGAUUAAUUAUCUUUCCAAGCUAAAAUGGCACUCAGUUCAUUUGCGUCGUUACUCGUAUUCCGAUUUACAUACAAAUCCGGAUGAGGUAUAUUUAAAACUUCAAAUGCUACGGACUCCAGUAAUGUUUUAACAGCAAAGUUUUUGGAUUUACAUUACAAUGCCCUAAUGACAUUCCUUGAACCUUUUGCGCUGAACGCCUUUAGAUUUUCCUUAUCGCAAUUCUACGACGUUAGGUCAAUCUGAUUCCCGGAGGUAAUGAUUCCAUGAUUGUUUGGAGUUAAAAUGCAGUUUCAUGUACUUGACUGAGUUAACUGAAAUUUCAUCUUCAGUCUCCAAUAAAGAGCCAUACGUGUAAUUAUACACUUCACUGAAUAUUAUAGGCCAUAAGUCACGACCAAAUUCAAAGCGGAUCUAUAAGCAAAUGGACUGAAAUUAAGAAGUUCGACUCAUCAUUUCCCUCCUAACCCGCUGCCAAAUUCCAUGAGGCUUCUUUACAACCCUGUAAGCAAUUUACCCAGCAAUAAGAAUUCAACAAUGAGGUUGUGUAAGGUAUUGUAACUUGAACUAUUGCACCAUACCAUGCAGAAGGACCUCAAGGUGCCUAUAUACAGCAUAAUUUCAUUAUGUAUACAUUAUGCCAAAAUACUGCUGAUGUCCGUUACUGGUUCAAGCCCAAAAGUUUCCAUUCCUUUUUAUCUGCUCUCCACCAUUUCGGUCUAGAAAGGGAGAUUUUACCCUAAUGAAAAAAAAGCUAUAGUGAAUAUGAAAAGAAAAGUGGGGUUGAUUAGAACCUCACCCGCAAAUUACUUCUGUCAACUGCUGGUGCAGAGAGAUUAGUGAUCCUGCAGAGAUUCCCGCACCUAAACAGCUUUACUUGGUUGUUCUUUAAAUGUUCUCUCUAAUUGUUAUCCUACUUAUAAGCUACAUUUAAAUUGAGAUAUCAAAAAUAUUUUUUCGCUGUUUCUGCUUUCAAAUUGAAGGAGCAUCAACAAUUCUACAGUAUCACAAAUAUUAUAAGAUGUCCAGAUCGAUAUGAAAGGAAUGCAGCGGAAAACUGUUAUUUGCGCUGGAAGAUGAUUGUUCUUAGCAUUAAAAUACCAUGCGUUCACUAUUGACUAUUAUUAACCGCUUAAGUUCAGGCAGAUCUACUUUUCUCCUCCAAAAACAACCAUUGCCUGGAGUAUUUUCAAAUAAUACCGGAUUACCUCAAAAAAAAAGUGGGAUAACGAUACACUGUCAAUAAAAGGUCAAUAAAAAUGUCUUCAAUAUGAUGAAAUGCAAAAUCGAAGACGGCUCCAUGUGUAGUUCUAUGAUAAUAUCUACCUCCUUCAGCAAACGAAUUCCUGGGCCCAAAACUCUUUUGCAAAAUUCUCAAAAAGUAUCUCACAAACCAGGAAAGGUGAGCAGCUUUAGAUCACGAAAGUCCAGUUUUUGUUAGCCAACUAUCACUUACAACCACAUAACUCUGUCAAGCACAGAGACAUUUGCAUCGAAAGGCCAUUCAAUCUAGAAAGUGUGACGAAGAAGGAACCUAAAGUCAUGGUGAGACCAUCUGAUUGAUAACCGUCCAAUGUUCUACUCCGACCUAACAAACGAAUCUAUUCAGAAACCACACCUAAUUCUAAAUGAAAGAUGUGAUUUAAGUAUAUAUUUAUGAUUUACGGAUUCAUACUUCUUGAACCUACUUUGUAAAUUUUAUUUUCCUGGUUCCUGCUUGAAAAGAGGUCUUAAAAAUGGAUAGUCUUAAUGGAAAUAUGAUCAGCAAUCCUACGAUCCUGACAACCACACCAUUGUAAAGUUGACUAAAUCGUGCUUACGCUUAUCGCAUAGAAAACAAGGCCAUAUUUAUUUAAAAUGAAAAUAAAUAUAAAAAAUAAUCCAGUCCUUUCAAGAUAAUAAGCAAAUGUGCAAACUUUACUGCAAUUUUUCCUUAUGAAAAAAAGAUUUACAAGAAUUUUUCCAGUCAAUCUCAUAUACAACACUCAACAUGAAAAUAGAUUUUAAUGCAGAUUUGUUGCACUCUAGCAUCAUUCUUAGAAUGCGUAUAUUAAUAUAAAUUCGACUUUUUGAUCAACAAUUACAAUUUAAAACGACGACAAACGAAGAACAAAAAAGUAUCUUCAUUGUAUACAUAAAUGUGAUAAAUAUUAGCAAAAUUUUGCAUGAAAAAAUUAUUCUUCAUGCGAAAUAAAUUUCAAUUCGGUUUUCACCAUAGAAACAAGAAUUGGAACACUCACAUAUUUAAAAGCUUCUGAAAGAGCUUAAAUGAGGGGUGGAAAAAGUACAUCGGAACGAAAAUAACGAUGAGAGUUUGAUUGAACUACAUUUGAACGAGGAUAUAAAUCUUUUUAUUGAUUCUGCGAUUAUUUUAUUUAAAUAUUAAACGCACUGUCUGAAACUGCAACCAAAUGCACAUCUAGUCAAAUGCGGAAAAAAAUUAUAAUCUUUUAUUUGCUAAAGCAAAGCAUCAACUUUGAUUUCAUUAUAAAUAUUUUUUUCUUUGCGGAAAGAGAUAAAAACCAUAAAACUAUGUAUGUGAUAUAAUCAAUUGUGAAAAUUCAUUGGAUGCAAUGAAUUUCUUUAUAUUUUUGUACCCUCUAGGGAAAGAGUGAAAUGAAAGAAAUUGAGGUGAUUGAAACAGAUAAAAAAAUGGAAAUAAAUUUACGAAAUUACUUAGGCAUUUUUUAUAUAUUAUUGAAACUACUGCAUUAAAACUAGGGACGGAAUAAAAUAAAAACUAUUUCAUUCUUAUUAUUAUUAAGCUUAAAAUUUAUCAGCAAAUGAUAUACAUAAAUAUCGAAAUAGUGCGCCCAUGAUUUCCUUUGCCAACAAAUUUUUUACAAUCAUUUUCUAGACAUUUCAAAAUAAUUCACCAUAUUUUUCAUUAGCUAGAAGUUUUCUACAUGUUUUCUAUAAAAAUUGCAGCAUUUAUGUGAAACGAUUAAAUAUUAAGUUUAAUAUUUAAUAAAAGAAUAAAGAAGUGCUUUUAGCGGGGAUCGCAAGUAGAGUGUAAGGUGAUUAGGAAUUAAUGAAAAUAAAUAACAAAUAUUAUUAUUAAAAGAAAUUAUGAAAUAGCCGGACAAGUAGACGUUUGAUUAUGAAUCGAUAAUGAAUAUGGAAAUGAUAUGACGAGUUACACAGAGAAAGAGAAUCGGGGGCAUUCGAAAUGACUUAUGAAAUGGUUGAAACAAGAUAAUUAUUAAUUACUUUAGAAACUAGACCAUUCAAAAUGACAUAUAUACAAUUAAAUACAACAAACACAAACUGAUAUGCGAUAAUUGAAUGAGCUUUCUUGGAAUAAAUAUAUCUAUUACGAAAUUAUAGGAGGAUAAUAUAAAAAUUUAUGGAAAAGGAUUUCAAACGUUUAAUUUAGAUAAUAGCAUACCGGCUAUACACACAAUCGCAAUGAACACGAUACGAUGUAUUCAAUAAUCUACACAGAAAUAGAGCAAACACUAGCCACUCUACGGAAAACUGUCCUGAAAAAGUCUACAAGCUUGAACUCAAGACAAGAAACCAAUUCAAAUGUUCUAACAUUAAAAAUGGCAAAAUGUUAUGAAUAAAAUGGGCAUGGAUAAAAUUAAUUAAAUUUGAAGAAGCAAAUAAAAGACACACAACUAGAACGCGAAAAUCGUGAAAAUUCAAAAGAUAACAAAGUCAAAGCAGAUUAUUGAAAGUAAAACAAAACCAUAAGAAAUGAAUACAAAGGUAAAACUUAUAGGAUAUAUAAAAAUGCAAAUGAACUCUCAUUAUUAUUACAAUUAUUAUAGUGGUUGAUAAUAUAAAAUUUGUUUAAACAUUACAGACAGAAGAAGUCGAAUAAAUGAACAAAAUAAAACUACGAAUUAUUAUGAUGACUAAAAUAAACGUGAGGAAAAAAACAAAGAAAGAAUACUAUUAAAUAUUAUUAUUAUUAAAUACACUAUUAAUAUUAUUAAUAAAUAUUACAAGAAAAAGAUAUAUGUUAUUAUGAGAAUACUAUUAAAAAUUUACCAACAAACAGCAGAAUUCAGAGGUAAGUAAUAAGAAAAUAAAUCAAUUUCAAAGCAUCAGCAAGAAAAAUUAUAUGAUUUAUAUAUGUAUAAGAAGUACUUUUGUGAGUUUUGUUUGUUCUAAAAAAUAUUGAGUUUUCUGUGAGUUAAACUACUUAGUAAGCAUUGAGCUUCUACCAAUUAAACAAUUAAUACUUUUUAUUUAAUAUUAUUAGUGCGAAAAAAAAUAUUUCAAAGCCGCAAAAUAAAGUUUGCUUUUAUUCCUUGGAAAUAUUGAAAUCUAGAAAUAGAUUUGAUGUUAAUCUACAAGAAUAAAAGCAUGAAAAUAUUUUGAGAGAAAUCAUUUACCGCAUUCUAAUUUUUAAUGGAUUUAUAUAUUAAAAUUAGAAUUAAAAUUUUCAACUAGAGCUCCCAUUCAAAACAAAUAAAGAGCAAAAUAAAAUGAUUUUUCUUCCUUUCCUAUUAUUUUUCUAGAAAUAAAUAUAGAAACAAGCAAAACUUAAGUGAUCACAACAAACAAAUAAGAACAAGCAACAAUUUAACUACAUUAAAUCACCUGCAAAAUAUUAUUUUAUUCUGGUGAAAAUAACUUCCCAAAAAAUUUAAAAUUAUAUUUAAAAUUAAAGAAUAAUAGUAAGACAGACUAGAAAAAAAAACAAACAUGUUUAAUUACCAAAAGCAAAUUCAUCAAGAGGAAAUUUAAAUGCAAAAUAAAAGUAAAAAAAAUUCAAAAUCAUUUAUGAUUUAAGCCAACACUUACACACACAUAUAAUAUAUACAUACGAAUUAAAUUAUGAAGAAAAAAAAAUGAUGGUAAUUCAGAAUAUUUAAUUAUUAUUAAAAGAAUAACUGAAAAUAAAUAUUGAUGAAAAUUUUCGAAAUAGAAACAAAUAAAAUAGGAAGAAAAGAAAAACUCUAGGUGAAAAAAAAAAAUAAAUAAAUCUCAAAUCAUGAAACCAACCAACAGGAAAUUUAAAAUCAGAAAUGCCAUGUGGUAAUAUGAAUUUUUAAAUAAAAGUGAAGCUUAUCUUAAUUAUAAAAAAAA